AAGGCGACGCCAGCUGCUGGGCGGCCCCCGCUCCGCUUUCCCCGGGCAGCGGGAGAUCCGCGGUGUCUGGGGUUGAGCGCCCCGAGGGGUGACCGGGCCGGGGGCCAGGACCCCCGCUCGCCGCCUCUGGGGCCGCGCCGAGCCGCUCCCUCAGGCCAGCGCCGGCCGUCGCUCCGCGCAACGGCGCCGACGCGGGGAGUGCGCGCUGGGCGGGGGCCGGCGGCGGCAUGGGGGAUGGCGGCGGCGGGCGAGCGGCAGGCCCCGACCGGCUGGCGCUGGAGCUGGGGCGAGAGAGGCGGAAGAAGGAAAUCCUUGAAAUCUCAAUAUUUGAACUAGGAAACACUGUAAGAGAGCUGGAAAAAAGACUUUGCUGUGUUGAAGAUGAAGGUAAUGAAUGGAAAACCAGAUAUGAGACACAAGUAGAAUUGAACAAACAGCUAGAAAGGCAAAUAAAUAUUCUUCAGGACAAGAUGGAGCUUAUUCGUGGAAAUCCAGCAGAUAAACUGUCCAUUGUUCGCACCUUUGAUCAAAUGCCUGUGGGUUCCUUAAAGGAGGUUCUUAAACAACUAGAAGAAGAGAAGAAAAGGCUCCAGAAUCAGCUAAAAGACUAUGAACUUAGCCUGGAACAAGAAGCAAAGGCUUACCACAAAGCUAACAAUGAGCGGCGCAUAUACCUCUCAGAGAUUUUACAGACCUCAGCUACACUUAAAAUCAUUGAAAGGCAAAAAACAAAUGCUCUGACUGGCAAGAGAGAAAACCAGAUACUAAGAGGGAGGUACAGUGUUCCAGGAAACCCGAAGAAGGUUAAUCCUCAAAAAGGAUCAAUUAAAAAGACUUUAGGAGUGAAGCAACUUCCCAAACUAAAGCACUAAUUUAAUAUCAAUGCCAAGAACUUCCAAUCAUUUAAAAAACACCACCAAAUUUAACGGAGCGUUUCCAAAUUGAAAAUGAAGGUAUUUGUGCCAAACCCAGAUUGGCAUGUCGUCUUAAUGGCACUUAAUGUAAGUGAUCCUUUGCCUGACAGAAUUGUUCUUCUAGUUGCCAUCUUUGUUCUGGUGAUCUCUGACCCUUUCCAUUCUGGUUCUUAUCAGUGAUUCUGUGUGCCAGGAUGUUGGAAGCCUUGGAGAAUGUUUAAUGUCUUUGUACGCUAAGUAGAUUCUUUAACUUUUUGACUACACGGCAGCCAUUGAAAACAGACAAUCCUGGAACAUUUUUGACCUCUCAGCCAGGAAGAAGAAAAAGGCAUGCUGAUGUAACCUGAAGUAUUGUAUCAACACCCAAACCAAUAAAUCUCAGAUACAGUUCCAUCCAAGAGCAUGCCCAUUCAAUAUAGGCAGCAAAAAGAACUUCUCAAGUAGUCUGAUGUUGGUACAGCUGAACAUGCCUUUCAUUUGGCUUUUAGAAAGACCAACAGCGUAGUUUGCUAGCCAGUCUGAUUUCUUACAUGAUACCAUACGGUAGAGUGCCUUUACAGUUUAAAGUUAUAUUCUACAAGCUUUAUUACUGUAGCAGAGAAGACAGAACACCUCCAAUUGUAACUCUUUCAGAGGCUGGCUUACCACAGCUCCUGUGUUGACCGCCACUUUGCCUGCACGGUUUAGAAGCACAGCACCAUUGCCAGCUACUUUAGGCGCUGGUAAUGGGUAGAAAUGAAAGAAAAACAGAACACUUUAUUAAGGAUUCUUCAGAGCCUAUCUUGUGGAUGGGUUGUUUCUUUUAAACACUGUAUACACAUUAUGUUUCCUGAUAUUGGUAUGUUGCUAUUUUAAAUUUGAACUCUCAGAUGAACCUUUGUAUCCACAGUCUGGGUUCCGUAAAAAUCUCUAUGUAUUCUUCAGUGGCACUGAUCUGUGUAUUUUGAGGAUCCAAAACAGUGCCAGUAUUUAAAGUAAUCUCUUCAAAUAAAGUAGAACUACUUUGUAUUUUAAUUCUUAAGCAUGCAAUUAUUGUUGCAGUUUCACUACCUACACUUUAGUCAUUAAACUUCAGCAGAAUUUUUCUAAGUGGCAACAGGAAAAAUGUUUUGGUAAUGAAGCUUCAAGCCUUUGGGUUACAUCUUAAAAGCUCUUGGCAGAGCAAACGUGAUUGCUUGACUGUCCUUUAUUAUUUUUAAGAGCAUCCCUAGCUCUUUUCAGUAUCUAACAAAGCUUUUUGCCUUUUUAAGAGCAGUACUAAUAGUUCCUUAUUACUGGCAGCAUUAAAGUGAGGCUGUAAUUAAACUCAUACAAAAAGAUCAGUGAUGGCAUUCUAAAAUGCAGAGAGAAAAGGCCUGCAGUAUUGUACAGCAUAUUCUGUAUGGAAACCCCAUUUUUUCCCUCUUUCAUAGCAUGAGGCUUAUUUCAGGUAUUUCUUAUGUUACUGUGAUGCACCUGGUAUUAUUCUUCCAUAAGCAGGGUGGCCUGCCUGGCCAGUUUUUUAGUCACAGUCACAGCUGAAAGCAUAGCAGAGCUGAUCAGGUUAGCACUCUUCUGUUUCUGUUUUUCACAUGGAAAAAUUCCAAAUUUUGAUUGUGCUGGCAUUUGUCAUCGUGAAGGAGAGGGAAAAAAUCACCAUAAUGGUCCUGUUGGCAUAAAAGACAAGGGACAUCUGCAGUAGUGAAAAAUACCCAGUUCUUGGAUUCAUGCAGCAGACAUUUACUACUGCUGUCUCUGAAUCAAAUGUUAGUCAAUGCACUUGAGUCUGGUCCCAGUAGCACCUCAAAAUAACUGGGAACAUUGCACAAAUAUGGUAGAAUGGCACUUAUGCACAGCAGGAGACUUGGGUGCUUCCCUCAUGGGUAGUCCUUACUGAGGACUUAAAAAGAGACUUUUUUUUUUUU